GCAGCAGUGCUAAGCACUGAGCCGCUGUGUUGUCUACAUGCCACAUGAAUGUGGUUUUGAGUUUAUAAUACAAUCAGUGUCCCACGUAACUACAGAUUGCUAUGGUUCACGGACUCCCAGCUCAACUCUUUAUUUUGCGGAGAUGUUGAAUCUGUGGACCUGUGCAUAUUGGUUGUGGCGAUUGCAACACCUUUUUACUUACUUGAGUAAUUGUUUGCUGUUCAUUUGAUUGCACUUCAGUCCUGUGUCCUGAUCUUUUGGGUGUAGGCAAGUCAGAGGACCUCCUAUGGAUCUGCUCCUGGGUUUGGCCAUUAGCAGGUCUGUGUAGUGAGCUGUGGAGAGGCUCAUAGCUCUGGAUCCUCAAGGGAUAGGUGAACCGAGUGUUUAUCAUGCCGUGAUUGUCAUCUUUUUAGAGUUCUUCGCUUGGGGAUUGCUGACAACUCCUAUGCUAACUGUUUUGCAUCAGACAUUUCCUCAGCACACCUUUCUAAUGAAUGGACUUAUUCAUGGGGUGAAGGGAAUAUUAUCAUUUCUCAGCGCUCCUCUGAUUGGAGCGUUGUCAGAUGUUUGGGGCAGGAAAUCCUUUCUCCUGCUAACUGUGUUCUUCACCUGUGCCCCAAUUCCUCUCAUGAGAAUAAGCCCCUGGUGGUAUUUUGCAGUGAUUUCUAUGUCUGGAGUAUUUGCAGUCACAUUUUCAGUGAUCUUCGCCUACGUAGCAGAUAUAACUCAGGAGCAUGAGAGGAGCACAGCUUAUGGACUCGUGUCUGCAACGUUUGCUGCUAGUCUUGUGACCAGUCCAGCCAUUGGAGCAUACUUGGCCAGGGCAUAUGGAGACAACCUUGUGGUAGUUCUGGCCACUGCCAUUGCCUUGCUGGAUAUCUGUUUCAUACUAGUGGCUGUGCCAGAGUCUUUACCAGAGAAGAUGAGGCCUGCUUCCUGGGGUGCACCAAUUUCAUGGGAACAAGCAGACCCUUUUGCAUCUUUGAAGAAAGUGGGUCAGGAUUCAACAGUUCUGCUGAUCUGUAUCACAGUGUUUCUCUCGUACCUGCCUGAAGCAGGCCAGUAUUCCAGCUUCUUUCUUUAUCUCAGACAGGUAAUUGGAUUUUCUUCAGAGACUGUCGCUGCCUUUAUUGCAGUUGUGGGAAUCCUUUCCAUUUUAGCACAAACUGUAGUCCUUGGUAUUCUGAUGAGGUCCAUAGGGCAUAAGAAUACUAUACUCCUGGGUCUUGGCUUCCAGAUUCUCCAGCUAGCUUGGUAUGGCUUUGGGUCUCAGCCCUGGAUGAUGUGGGCCGCAGGAGCUGUGGCUGCCAUGUCCAGCAUUACCUUCCCAGCAGUCAGUGCUCUAGUUUCUAGGAAUGCUGAUCCAGAUCAGCAAGGAGUUGUGCAAGGAAUGAUCACUGGAAUCAGAGGAUUGUGUAAUGGCCUUGGUCCGGCACUAUAUGGAUUUGUAUUCUACCUUUUCCACGUGGAGUUAAAUGAAAUGGGAGAUGUUGAUAACCCAGGCAAAGUUUCAAAAGGAAACAUGCAAAAUCCAACUGAUGAGAGUACGAUAAUCCCAGGACCUCCCUUUCUUUUUGGCGCCUGCUCAGUCUUGCUGUCGCUGCUAGUCGCCUUGUUCAUCCCGGAGCACAGUGGCCUCCCUCUGCGUUCUGGCAGCUGGAAGAAACAUAAUAACGGGUCACAAGGUCACCCCCACAGUCCACAGAGCACGGGCCCCGAUGGCAAGGAGCCUCUAUUACAAGACAGUUGUGUAUGAUGGCCAAGUGCUGCCCGCUCUCGGGUAGCUGGAAGUGGAGUUAGAGAUCAGGCACGGCUGCGAAGCCGAGGUUUUCAUUUUAGGAAUACUAACAUUCAUAUUUUCUUUCUGAAUUUUUGGAAGUUUAAAAGUUUGUCUUGUUUUUUUUUAAAUUUAAUAUGUUGAAAAACAAUUCCUAUCACCACUUUCUGGUCCACCUGAUUGCUCUUGGGCUGCUAACAGCAGUUGGCACAACCUUGAAGUUCCUUAAUUACAGGAUGUCACUCUUCCCUGUUUUGCUGCCUUGUGCAAGACACCAGAAGUCAGUUGCAAUCAGUUCAUAAAUUACUGUGCUACUUCUGACCAAGUUUCGUUUUUAAAUUGCAUUUGUGCUAACAUUUCCUGGAGAUGUGAGUAUCAUAUGGAUGACUGCAAGCCAAAUAUAACACUGCUGGGGUUUGCCAAGGUCAUAACAUAAAUGAUCCACAAACAAAAAUUUGUAUUACAUAUGGUUCCUCUGGCAGGUUGCCUUUGAAUCCUGGUGGUUUUAAAUUCAGCUUAUAGCUAGCUAGCUCAACACCUGCGAUUCUGGGAUCUAAAGGCAACGGAUUGCAGAUGUCUUAUUUUAUAAUGCAGGUUCACUCACAGCUGUGUACAAUGAAACCUGUCAUUCUAGUCUUGUGGCUAAGCAGCUAACUAUUUUCAAAACCGACAAAUUAGAAUGUGAGCUCCAGUCUUGAUCAUUCAUUCCUGUCCUAAAGUGGUCAUAGUGACUUUUUCUCCUCCUCUACCUCCCAUCCUAAACUUUGACUGUUUUUAUUGAUGGGAAGUGGGGUCUUACUGCAAUAUGCCCUGUGCAGUUUUGUCUUUAUUGCAAAUAGGCUGCUAAAGGUGUUUACCACUUUCACAGAGAAUCUGGGGGGCAUGAGUACCCUAUAAGAGCAAUUAUUUUAUUUGAACAGCACUUUUUUUUUUGUCUCAUAGGAAUUGGGGUAACUCUGCCACCAGACGAUAGUCCUUUUUGCUUUUUAGGGCGAGUCGGUUCAGUAAAGAACAGGAAAUGACUUGGAACAACAUUAAUUUCCUGGCCAAGUACAGCCUGCAUGUGGAGAGUCCCAGAAUUAGGUCAUAAGGGAAGGGAAAAUUGAACUCCAAGUCAUGAUCUGCUCUCUUAUCAAGUCAUAUUCCUUAUCCAUGGAAACUGUCUACCUGUCCAAAGUCAGCUGAAAGAAACCCUCUUGUGUUCUAUCUUAUGUUUUUAUUGUCUCCUUAAUACAGGUCAGACUCAAAACUCUGGAGAGCUUUGGGCAUGGAUGUAUGUUCUAAACAACCCUGUGUGUUGCAAUAAUUUGCUGAGGAGUACAUUUCAUAAAUGCCAGGUCGCAAAGGGACUGUUUGUGCUGGCUCCAAUCUGUUCAGACCAAGCUUAUCCAACUUUGAAGUGGCUCAAUUCACAGCCAUCAUGUCUGCAAGAGACUUUGAAGCGUGAAGCUAUCCGAAGUACUGGCUGCCUGGUCUUGCUCCUGAAAUUAGCGGUAGACUUUAGAGAAUAAUUUGUAUCUGGUUUGCUAUGUACUGCCUCCAGCUUCAUUCCAACAAUUAACUUGGUCUAUGGUAUUUGAAUUUUACAAGCAAGUGCGUUUAGUCACUUGGAUUUUUACACUCGAGUUUGUGUUUAGCCCUGAUAGAAACUGGUUAAUGGAACAUUCAUUGGUAAACCAAUUCUCUGAUUGCACCCUGAUUUUAAUUUGUCAUCUUGAGAUUUGGUUAAGGGCUCUUCUAAACUGUAUGUUAUGUAUCCCAGAUUUCAUCAUCAAACUUUAUUGAUUGAGUUGAGGUUGCAGAGAUUGUUGGAAGAUGUUACGAUUUACCUUAUACAUCCGUGGGUUGAGGGGAAAUCAGCCAGAGCUUCACUCCAGAUCCCUCAUAUUGAACGUACAUCUGAGGGAUGUCGGAACCCACUACUGCUUUGUCCCCAUCUGCAGACUCAAUGGACAUUCAUGCAAAUGGUAUUAUUCUGAAAUACAAAUAACAUUUGUAAAACAUCCAACACUAGAGCCUCUGGGAAAGGAGGGAAGAAACAAAAGUCCUUACUAAUGCUGAAUUCAAAAUUGUUUCCUUAAUUUGGCUGUUCAUUCAGAUUAGAAUCUUGCACCCUGUGUUGCCUAGGGCUUGGAGGCAGAUAAUUUGUAAACCAGAUUACUAACUUCUGAGAAGACUGCAUUUUGCAUUUUUAUAGUUUUCAUUUCGGAAUGGAAAUGGGAGCCAGAGUGGAAUGAGUCUGGGCUAGUCCAGUAAUUAUCCUGCGUCCUCUUUUGGAAAUAAUGUAUUCAAGACUUUGAAAGUUAUUUUUUCACCACCCAUGCCCAAAUCCUCUGUCCACCAGGAAUAAAAUUCCUGUGCCAGUUUCUGCUGGUAGUCUAACUACAUAAAGCAAAAUGUAGUUCUCAUAAAGAAGAAACCUGUCACCAACUGCAAAGUUCUGACUGCCCUUUUGCAAGUGAAAAUGAGGAUUAAACCUCCAGUUCCUUUUUUAAUGUGCCAUAUUAUUUUACUCUAAUGUGCCCAGUUUUAUUCUGACUGUAAACUUUUCAGCUUUGGUAUGUGUGUUGAGAAGUAAUGAAUUUUUGUACUAAGGAGUGGGGAGGGGAAAAAUAGGAAUUACCAUGGGUGCCUUUUUGUAAAAUUGGUGGUCACUUUCCUUGUCGAGGUGUGAUCAAUCCACUGAGAAAAGACGAUAGGGAGAUGAUUGAACCUCCACAGUGGUCAUUUAUUUCCUUUGGACCUUUAUGACUUUUAUACAAUGAAAGUGACACACCAACGCCAUUAUCAUUGCAAUAUGAUGCCUCAUCCAGAGUCCAUUGGAAUAUAGCAAUAUGCCAUUAUCACAAUACAUCUUUUGUGCUAUAGCCAAUUACAAAUUCUAUUAUUUCCCCAUCUGCCCCACCAAAAUUACCAAAUAAUCUAAUCUUUGCCAUGAGCCUGUUUUUGGAUGAAGUCUUGGAAACCGUGGCAUGCGGCAGCCAAGAGACCAAAACGUGGUGAUGCCUUAACCUCGUUGCGGGAGUCAGGUCAAUAGAUGGAAAUAGUGUUUUUUUUUAAUAUUAACUUGCUUCUUUAAAAGAGGGAUCUUAAAUGGAAGGAUUUACUGCUGAAUAUUUGCAAGCUGAAGCUGAUUUGGGACUCUGGUAGAGAGAGGGGAAAAAUGGGUGAUACAGCAGCACCCUAUUAAAGAUCCAGACACAUUCAUCUAUUUCCCUGUCAUGGGGAUACAGAGCACUUUGAUAAAAGUGAGUGUAAUCAACUUAGCAACUUAGACAAAUUAUGACUUUUGAUUAAUAUUCAUUACCCAUAUGACGAGUACAAUCUGAUGGGAUAAUAAACUUGGUUGUCGCUCCCAUGUGAGCGUGAGAGGCUGUUCUAGGCCUCAAAGGAUAAUAAUUGUACUUUUAACCAAGUACACUUAGAUUCUACAAGAUUGUUUGUUUGUUUGUUUGUUUGUGUAACAUUUAUUGUAAAAGUUUAUUUGAUUAUAGAAAUAUAUAUGAAAAAAACCCAUAUUGCCAUUUCUAGCUUUAUCUUGACAAUGGGCAUCAGUCAACUUGGUUUUAAAGUAUUCAGCAUGUUCAACUUAUUCUGCAAUUAGCAUUACAGUGGUAAUUUUUUUUCAGAGCAAUGUUUGCAGCAAAAUUCAAAGCUUAUUGGUUUGGAUAAAGUUUCUUGAUGGCCAGUGACCUUGAACAGUGGUUUUGUGGGUUAUGUUUGUCCAAGUUCCAGUAAUGAAGGGGAAUAAUGAUUAAUGAUACUUGUUUUCCCAUCAAUGCAAAAUGGUUACAAUAAGUUAACAGUUGUGAUGUGCGAGCAUCGUGAGGCUACAUAAGCAUUGAUAGAAUUCGCCAUGCACCUUGGAAGGUUCCAGGGUCCGUUCUUGAGUGACAGCAAAUUGACUGCUCCACCAGGUCAGAUGUUUGGAGCGUCAAGCCUGUAGUUAAUUUGAGCGCGGUCAUUGUUCAUUUGUCUUCAGUGCUUUGCACGUGUCCUGCUGGGCAUGUUAGCAUCAUAGAUUUUAGGGUAAGAAAUGAGAACACUGUGCUACAGCUUCUGAUGCUGCCAGGUGUUUGUUGACAAUCAUGGCAUCUAGAUUCAUGGCAUGUUGACUUGCCAUUUAGGUUGAAGUACUAUUGUGACCACAGAAAGAAACUUUGUGUAGAUUCCCAGACUUCCAGUUAUCUUUAAAUGUAGCCCUGCUGUGAAGUUUUCUAGGUGUUGGCCUGGAAAUGCUUUGUAUUCAUUAGUAGUUGUGCUUAGAGUGAUUUAGCACUCAUCCUAGUGCAGAGCAGAAAGAAUUGUGCUUACAAUAUGGAGACUGGUGUUAAGAUUGAGCUAAGACUUGAAGGAAAUUCCAACCAAUUCCUCAAUGGAAGUGGGGCAAUGGAAACUCCAUUCUUCCUGAAAUGUGGCAGUGGAGAUUGAAUUAAGUUUUCCAAUCUUUCCUUAACCAGCCGUGUCAUGACUGUCUCAGACUGGGUGUUUGUUGACACCACUGUCAGCUAAUGAGUUGGAGUGAGGCAGGACUUGCAGCAAACGGUUAGCAGUCUGCAGAGUCUGUUUUAAAGCAACCAUUAUGAACUAAUGGGAGUAAAAUUGGCCAACAGCAUACUACAGUUUCUUUGGAUUAAAAACAUGAUUUAUUUCUCCAGAAAUGUGUGGAAGAUAUUUGCACAAUCCAAAUGAUGUGCAUGAAACUAAUUCCAUUUGCCAAGUAUGGUGCUCUCCAGACAUGAUUGAUGGAAAAAUCAUUUAAUAAUCUCCAUUCUGUUGGCAUAGCGGUUCCUGUAUGCAGCCAUCUCCAGGCGAGAAAGCAGGUCUCUGCUGUCAGAACCAUCCCAGAAACAGGAAAUUCACAACUUUGAAAACACUACAUAUCCAUGUUGAAGGGAAUCAGUUUCUGCUCAAGUCAAUGUUUUAGAAAGGAACACCACAUUUUUCAUUCCAUUCUUCUCUUAGACCCCAAAAAAGAAAUGUCCUCUCAUCGGCUGGGAGAGCAGGGAUCCAGGCUGGAUUACCUUUGAAUGGUGCUCAGUGAUUGGCUGAGGGAAGAUGUUCUCCUCAAUCACCCCCUACUGCUGUCUUUUUAUAACUAAAUACGAAAAAUGUUAACUUUGCUUUAAAACUGUCUCUCUCAAACUGCUGAAAUCUCACUGCAUUGAUUCAAUGUGCGAAUACUCAGUAUUAACUAAUCUUCCAUUAUAGGUGUACAAAAUCAGUGCUGUCUGUUGAGAGUUUUACCCUGCCUGAAGAUAUGUUUGGGGGAGGGGGAGAGAAUGUGAUAGAAUAUUAUUGAGUUGGAAGAUAAUUUAAUCAUGCAUUUUGUAGCAAAAUAUUUGUCCCAUGGUUAAAAAGCUUUGGUCAUGUGGAAGUUAUUGCAAUAGUAAUUGUUGCAUUAAAUGUUUGUAUAUUAGAGUGCCAGUACUUUUUUUUUUUGCUGGGAGAGAUCAGUGCCUCAAAACUAACACUGCUGCCACGGCUUAGUGUCUGUCUGUUAGCAUAUGAAAUAGUGGUUGACACCCCAAUCCUGCAGCAGUUAAAAUGCUGCAGUAUCAGAAGUGAUAACUUUGAGAAUAAGACUUUAGCCAAGGUGCCACCUGCACUGUCAGGUAGUUGUCAGUGUUUAAGACACUAUUUUUGAAAAACAACAGGGGAAUACCUUCUGGUGUCCCGUCCAAUAAUUAUCACGCAAGUCAUAUCUUUUAAAUAACAUUUAAAAAUUGUCUAGUCACAUCACAAUUUAUGGAGAUUUGCUGUGUGCAUGUUCCUUGGUUUCCUUUAUUGCAAUGUUUGACUAUGCUUAAUGAGUAUUUCAUUGGCAGUACCAUGUUUUCAGAUGUCCUGAAAUAGUGACCGGUACUAAGUAAUUGUACAUUUUUAAGUUUUUGUAGAUUUUAUUUUUAAACGAGGUUUCUUCCUGUUCUGUCAUGGGUUCUGUUUACCUUGCUGCAUCUGACAGGUCUGUCAGUCGUGUUCCUCUCUUUGCAAUCCCGCAUGUAAACAUGAGACACCUGGUUACUGCCCUGACAGGCUUCCACAUUGACCAGACAUACUGAUAAUGUCAGACUGUUCGGCUGAUCAGCAUUGCUCAAGUUGGAGAUUGAUCUCUGUCAGCCUGCUCCAUCUAUAAUUAGAUGCUCCUGAAGUAUUGCUCAUAGAAUUGAAUUUAAAAAAUGAUCCUUCUCCUUGUCCCUCCCUCGCUGUAUUAACUUGGCUUUUUUGUGGCUGGCACAAGCCAGUCAGUUCAUUUGGUUUGGUACUUAUGACACGAUCAAAGGUCAUUUGGAGCAGUUCAUUGGCAAGCAUGCCAAUAUUGGGUUCCACACUUAGGAACAGGAGUAGACCAUUUAUCCCUCACAUUUAUCUCAUCUCUCACCAUGGUCUUUGUUUUUUUUUGUCUCCUUCCUGUAAUCUAGCUUCCUGUUAAAUGUGCAUUGAUAAAUGAACACUGCAAGAUUGCAAUUAAAAGCUGAAGUUUUUUAUUCUCAAUCAGCGGAUAGAUAAACCAAAGCCUGCUAGGGCCCCAUUUAACUGAGUAAAAGGUAAAAACAAUGACUGCAGAUGCUGAAAACCAGAGUCUAGAUUAGAGUGGUGCUGGAAAAGCACAGCAGUUGAGGCAGCAUCCGAGGAGCAGUAAAAUCAACGUUUCAGGCAAAAGCCCUUCAUCAGGAACCUCAUCUAACUGAGUUAACUGUUAGCUCCCAAACAUUUGUAAUUCUAUUAUUUACCCAUAGCUGUAAGUUCCUUACCUGAGACUGAUUACUGAUUGCGUUGUGCUAAACAGAGCAGGACAAAAUGACAAAUUUUUGCAGACCUAUUAAGUUAAUAAGCUGACCCUUUUCAUUUUGAAUUGCUGGAUAUCUGAUGGUUUAAAUAACUGAUCAAUGUGCUGAAGGAAUGUUUGAACCAGACUGCAGAGCCGUGCUGAUGCAGGCACCAUUUGGCUGAUUAUGGAGUGUGUACUCUUCUGUACAUUAUCAGAAUUUUUCCGAAACAUCGGCCAGCAAGAGCGGAGGCCAGGUGUGCAUAAGGAUAACACUUCAGUCUAGCUAGCUGGAACAGUUGGUCAUCUCGCUGAACCCAGGUGGCUGCUCAGUGUAGGUUAUGAGCAUAGUGUGGGCCCAUGUUUGACAGGUAUGUGGUUUUGCCUGUCAGGCAAUUAUACACAUCUGCAAUGGUGGGUUGUGCUGUUUCCAUUUGUUUCAACCGCCUGCAGUUUGCCAAGUCACUUACUCAGAUCUCUUGGGCAAACUCUUGAUCAGUAUGUCAGGUUAAAUGAAAUGCUCUGGAUGCUUAGAUCCAAUGAUAUUGCAUUUCGUAUCUGGGGUUAAGUGUAUUGUUUAAACUCAGUUGGUAGGUUAUCAUGGAUCAGUUUGGGAAUAGGAAAUCUGAAGAAAAUUUGGUUGUACCUGAUUGUGUAACACAAAAAUGAACCUGAGGUUGCGAAGGAUGUAAAGAUUAGUUGCGCUGAGGGAAUGAUGCAUUGUUCGAGUACAUUUUAACUCGACCAUGACAUGCCAUGAGACAGAAGUGAUUCAGGAGAGUUUCCCUCAAAUUGUUUUCAGCCCUUCAGUGUUCGGUAGAACUCUCAUGCCCUUAUGGCUAGAUGCAUGUUGUUCUUGAGACUUUCCACAGUCCCUGAGACCUUACUGGAAUCAGGUUGUGGAUCCUGGAGUUGAUUGAGCAUGACCUUAAGCUUGAAUGGCUCCGGUAAGAACUCUCUAAAGAACUCCACUUAGUGUUAGGGUGCAUCAGUUUACCUGGCUGUGUAAAUACUCCCACCUGAAAUUUGUAUCAGGGGAUUUCAUUCAUUUCUGUUCACUCAAGGGGAAGCCUGGUCCCUGGAAAUUGAGGCUGGUAGUAUUAUCGCAGUUUGCAUCAUCAUACAAUCUCAACAGGCUGUGUUCAUAACAUAUAGGUUUGUAACCUGUGACAUGGUGCUCUUGUUUCAUGUUAGGAACUCAAGACCCAAGAUUGAAUCAAAUAUUGGAAAAGGACCAGCAAUACAUAUUAUUAGGUCUACUAGGUAUCAUAGGGACACUUACUUGGAUGUCAUUCUGUGGGGCAUUUUCAAACUCCUCCAUGGGGCUAUUAACCACUACCAUUCAAAUAUGCCAGAAGAGUGUUUUGGACAAUUGUAAGUAUUAAAGAUGGUAAAUCCACUAACCAUAUUGUUGUACAUAUGCUUGUUUUGUUUUCUAAAGUGAGCAGAGUUGGUUCUGGCUAGAAAGGUAAAAGUUCAGACUCAUUGCAUUUUGGGCAAGUUGAUCUCCCUUUUGAGAAUUUUUACUCCGGGGUUGUUAAGACUCGAAACAUAUUGUCAGAAGGAAGAGUAAACAGGGUUUUACUGGCAAAUAUUGGGGCCAAGUAACAUGUUUCUAGAAAAUCCAUAUUAUUUACUGAACACAAUGACUAUGUGCUGUUGGGGUUGAACUGUAAGUUUCAUGGUAGGAUCUCAGAGGGGCAAGCAAGCAUUGGGAAGCGGGGUAGGCUAGUUUAACAGAACCUUAUGUGACACUCAUUAGGCUUUACAAAUACAGUUACUAUGUUAACUGGCUGCAUCUCCUGUUUCCCCGUCACUUCAGUAAGACCUUUUCAGGUGUGACUUACUCAGCCCAGAUAUUGCUGCAAUCCUCAGUUCCUGAAUUUUGAGGAUGGUAGAUGUUGCUCUGAUAUACCAGCAUAUGAGAGUAUGCACCUAAUCAGUGCAUUGUAAAGGAAAAUAUCUGCUUGGUGUAGUAUUCACAAGACCACAACAAUUCUUCCACGUUUCUGUUGCAGAGUUGUUCAGCCUGACUGUUCUGUACAGUUAUGUUCAUGUUUACAACAGAGUACUCUUGUCACCCAUCCAACCAAAAACAUUUUGUUUUCUUUAAAUUGGUAAUGAUACUAUCAGUUUUGUUUAGCUCUGUUUUCCCUUGCUUCCUGCUAAUAAUGCUCAUAUUGUCCAUCCUCUUGUGGCCAACUGAACAGGCAGAAUAUCUCCCGGUGCCUCCUAUUGGGUGGAUCCUGAUCGGCUUGAUCUCAGCGUUCUAGUGGGGUUCACAAAAGCGGUUAAUGUGAAGUAAUUGACGAUGCAUUUGGUGUGCCCAUGGGUACUUUUACUACUGGCAUCUCCCUAAUCCUAAAAGCAUUGAAAUACAUGUGCAUAUUUUCAGAUUUCAGCUUUGCUUUCAUUAUGUAUCCAUGCACUAUGAAUUAUACCCGGAUUACUUACUCUCCACUAGCUCAAUUGGAGUAGUUACUCUCUCUGAGCAGGGAGUGCAAGUGGGUAACUAUCGAGAACAAUUGAGGCAUUCCAUUGUGAAACCUGUCUCUCUGGGAUGAGUGACCACUUUGACAUGAGGUAAUGGGUGGUGCAGGGGUUCCAGAGGAUGCUCAGUAUCUUUGUGACUCUAGCCUAGAAGUGAGAGAAACUGGGGAGAAAACUAUCUUGUCUGUUUUAGCUGACGUGCCAUUUGGAGUUGUAGUAAUAAGACAGUGAAUUCAUUCUCUGUCCUGAUCUGUGCACUUUUACUAAUUAGACUUCUUGCUAUUAUUUUUCUGAAAAUAAGCAAUCAAUGGAUGAGAAUUGUUGCUGAGGUUAUACUGGUGGUAUUUGUUAGCUUUAUACAAAAGACCUGCAGUUACCUGGGUAUCUAUUAACAUCAGGACUGGUGAGGAAUGGCCCAAAUCAUUUUCUGUUCUGUUCAUUUUAAGUCUGUUCAAUUGCCUGUAUCUGAAAAGCUCAGUGUGUUGAAACUGCACCAGAGCAAAGUAUAAAAAGACAUAGGCCAGAUCUGUCUAAUUUUAAAUCCUGCUUCAGAUGUUUGUUGUCUUACAAAGCACUACUCAUGAAUUUCCCACAUUUGAUUAAUUUUCAGAUAUGCUUUUAUUUCUAUUAAGCAAUGAAAGCAACCAUAGAGUACUUAAAAAAUAUAUUCUCCUAUAUUAAUGCGAAGAUAAAGGACUCGUAUGCAAUGAACUGAGAUUAAUCAUCCUGUUCCCUUUCCCAAUCCUAAAUUGUAAAUAAAAAAAAACACAAGUGCUGUUGAAAAAUCACUAGAUUUCCAUUGAGUUGUAACAACUGGUGAGCGUGUGGUGUCAACUGUGGCUUAAUAUUAGUUCAUUCCACUCCGGAGACUUGAACAUGAAACCUAGGCUGAGGAACUAGUGCAAUAUCAAGGGAGCGCUGUACACUCAGGAGUGCCAUCACUCUGGUGUCAUGCUGUCUUGCUCCAAAGGAUCCCAUGAAAUUUUUCUCUGUACAGAGUCAUUUACCCCAAUGUCCCAGUCAAUGUGUAAUCCUCAACCAAUGCUUGAAACAAAUUAUCUGGUCACUUAACUCUCUUUUUGAGGAGCUUGUGUGCAUAUUGGCAGCUGCAUUUCCUAUUUUGCCACAGUGACUACAAUUUAAAACACACUUUGUUGACUGUAACAUGCUUUUAGGAUGUCCUGAGGUGAAAGUCGCUAUUGAAAUGAAAGUUAUUUCUUUACCCACUGAAAUGGUGAACAAUCAGCCAACGGUAUUUUGAACAAACAGCGCAUCUCCAGAUUUGUUAUCAGAGGUUUCUGCAGCAUGCCUUGCCAAGUGUUUAAAACAAAAAACCCUGCUAUCAAACACAGCUUGAAAUAUUUGCUGUCUAAAUUCUCAGACACUGGAUUCAGUACAGCUCCUGCAAAAAUCGCCAGGUGUAACAUUUUAAUUUGUUCUUUUGGAGGUUUUGGUUGAAGCUUGUUGCCUCCUUCAAAUGUGCCUAUCAAACCUGUACAAACUGUAAAUAGGAAUUGUCAAAGAAAAGUAUUUAUUAAAAAUGUACAUGAAACUGAA